AUGAGCCCCAACUCGCUGUGGUUUUACUUUCUCGAGAAUGUUGUCUACAAACGAAAAGAUCCUGUGCCACGAACGCGCACGGUGCCCAUGGAGGUGCUUGCCGUGGGCCUCCCUAGGUCCGGCACCGAAUCGCUGAAAGACGCCUUAGAGAUCCUUGGUUAUCCCACCUAUCACGGAUAUGACUAUGUGACUGAUCUCCCGGGCGUACCACUCUGGAAUCGACUUGUGCGAAGGAAAUACUACCCUUCUUCUGGCCCAUGGUUUAGAUCCCCCCGAGCGAGCGAGCAGCCUCUCAUCAGCGCCACCGAGUUUGAUCAAAUCCUUGGACACUGCAAAGCGGUCACGGACUCGGCGGCUGCAGCAUUCGCCGUCGAGCUGACUCAGGCUUACCCAAAUGCCAAAAUCAUCCUCAAUCGCCGAACUGACCUCGAUGCAUGGAAGAUGUCGGUCAUGAAGAAUCUGGUGGCCCUUGGCCAACUUCCGCUACUCAAGGUCUGUCUCUGGUUCAAUGGGGAGCUUUUCUGGUUGCAUCAUUUCCUCUUUGAUCUUAUGUACCCUGCUCUCUUUGCAUCAGAGUAUGGCACUUUCGCCGAUGCUGUCCAAGGCAAGGCCAAGCGCGUCAACCAAGAGCAUGCUGCCAUGGUGCGCGGAGCCGUGCCGAAGGAGCGGCUUCUGGAAUGGACCGUGGAGGAUGGAUGGGAACCAUUAUGUGCAUUUUUGGGAAAGGAGGUGCCCAAAGAGCCUUUCCCUAGCUCCAACGCUGGUGUCGACUUCACCAAGAGGACGAACGAUAUCAUCAAGGCCAGACUCGGCGUGGCCUUGAGGAAUCUGCUACUAUGGACAGCACUCUUUGCCGGUCUUGGCGCAACGGCCUGGCACCGUCGGUGA